AGCCCCGGCCAGGCCCAGCCAAUGGGCUGGCAGCGCCCGCAUGACCCGCGCCGGCAGGAGGGCGUGGGGAAGCAGGCCGGGCGCGCACGCUGCCGGGCUGUAUCGCCGCCCUCGCCGCCGUCGGGACGGGAAGUGAGCCGCCCAGGUCCGCAGCGCCGGCGAGCCAGUGAGAGCGUCCUGCAGCCCGCAGCUGCCCGCACCCAGGGCGAAGCAUGGCGGCCGCCAAGGUGGCUUUAACCAAGAGAGCAGAUCCAGCUGAACUUAAAACAAUAUUUUUGAAGUAUGCAAGCAUUGAAAAAAAUGGUGAAUUUUUCAUGUCUCCCAAUGACUUCGUCACCCGAUAUUUGAACAUUUUUGGAGAAAGCCAGCCUAAUCCAAAGACUGUGGAACUUUUAAGUGGUGUGGUGGAUCAGACUAAAGAUGGAUUAAUAUCCUUUCAAGAAUUUGUGGCAUUUGAAUCUGUCCUGUGUGCCCCGGAUGCUCUGUUUAUGGUGGCCUUCCAGCUGUUUGACAAAGCUGGCAAAGGAGAAGUUACUUUCGAGGACGUUAAGCAAGUUUUUGGACAGACGACAAUCCAUCAACAUAUUCCAUUUAACUGGGAUUCAGAAUUUGUGCAACUACACUUUGGAAAAGAAAGAAAAAGACACCUGACCUACGCAGAAUUCACUCAGUUUUUACUGGAGAUACAGCUGGAGCAUGCAAAGCAAGCCUUUGUUCAGAGGGACAAUGCCAGGACUGGGAAAGUCACAGCCAUCGACUUCCGGGACAUCAUGGUCACCAUUCGCCCUCACGUCCUGACGCCUUUUGUGGAAGAAUGCCUAGUGGCAGCUGCUGGAGGUACUACAUCCCAUCAAGUUAGUUUCUCCUUUUUUAAUGGAUUUAACUCGCUCCUGAACAACAUGGAACUCAUUAGAAAGAUCUACAGCACUCUGGCUGGCAACAGGAAAGACGUAGAGGUGACCAAGGAGGAGUUUGUUCUGGCAGCUCAGAAAUUUGGUCAGGUUACACCCAUGGAAGUUGACAUCUUGUUUCAGUUAGCAGAUUUGUAUGAGCCACGGGGACGCAUGACCUUGGCCGACAUCGAACGGAUUGCUCCUCUGGAGGAGGGGACUCUGCCCUUCAACUUGGCUGAAGCCCAGAGGCAGAAGAAGGCAUCAGUUGAUUCAUCUCGACCAGUUCUCUUGCAGAUUGCAGAGUCAGCCUACAGGUUUGGUCUUGGUUCUAUUGCUGGAGCUGUCGGAGCCACUGCGGUGUAUCCUAUCGAUCUGGUAAAAACUCGAAUGCAGAACCAACGAUCAACCGGCUCUUUCGUAGGAGAACUUAUGUAUAAAAACAGCUUUGACUGUUUUAAGAAAGUGCUGCGCUAUGAAGGCUUCUUUGGACUGUAUAGAGGUCUGUUGCCACAGUUAUUGGGAGUCGCCCCAGAGAAGGCCAUAAAACUUACAGUGAAUGAUUUUGUGAGGGAUAAAUUCAUGCGCAAAGAUGGCUCAGUCCCACUGGCAGCAGAAAUUCUUGCCGGAGGAUGUGCAGGGGGCUCCCAGGUGAUUUUCACCAACCCUUUGGAAAUUGUCAAGAUCCGUCUGCAAGUGGCUGGAGAGAUCACCACGGGGCCCCGAGUCAGCGCGCUGUCCGUCGUCAGGGACUUGGGCUUCUUCGGGAUCUACAAGGGCGCCAAAGCUUGCUUCCUGCGGGACAUCCCUUUCUCGGCCAUCUACUUCCCGUGCUACGCUCAUGUGAAGGCGGCCCUCGCAGACGAAGACGGGCAGGUUGGCCCUGGAAGCCUGCUCUUGGCUGGCGCCAUAGCUGGUAUGCCUGCAGCCUCACUGGUGACCCCUGCUGAUGUCAUCAAGACGCGAUUACAGGUGGCCGCCCGGGCUGGCCAGACCACUUACAGCGGAGUGAUAGACUGCUUUCGGAAGAUCCUGCGAGAGGAAGGCCCGAAAGCUUUGUGGAAAGGAGCUGGCGCUCGUGUGUUUCGGUCCUCCCCGCAGUUUGGUGUGACUUUGCUGACCUAUGAAUUGCUCCAGCGAUGGUUCUACAUUGAUUUCGGAGGAGUGAAACCCAUGGGAUCAGAGCCAGUUCCUAAAUCCAGGAUCACCCUGCCUGCUCCCAAUCCUGAUCACGUUGGGGGCUACAAACUGGCAGUUGCAACAUUUGCAGGGAUUGAAAACAAAUUUGGACUUUACCUACCUCUCUUCAAGCCGUCAGCAUCUACCUCACAAGCCAUGGGUGGAGGCCCAUAGGAGGCCUGGCACCCACUGGGCCAUCGCUGCGUCUCUGGUGUGCCUGUUGGAGAGAACACCGCACCUCAAUGCAAACACUUCACCCCUGUCACUUAACAUCUCCUGUUUAAAUUCAAGUCGAGGCUUUUGAUAAGGUGAAAUCAUUGCUUUUUCUGUGUGUUCUCCUAACUAGAUCAUUGUGAAAUUAUUCAUAAUUAUUCUUUGGGCCUCUUCUCACAAACCUGUGCUGGUACCUGACAUCUUCUGGGAUUUGGCCAACAUUAACCCGAUCUGGAGGAAGAAGCAAGUCUGAAUAGAAAUUAGAACCAGUCUCCUCAAAUUAGGAUUACAGCCCAGAAGAAGCUACUGAGAAGCAAUCAUGGUGCUCCAAGCAAGUGUUCCUGUGCAGGAGACUGGGCACAUGUUUAUAAAAAGAGGAAAAAACACUGGGAGAAAUGAGUAUUAUCAGAAAUAGCCAGCCCGGCUUCGGAUUCUAAGCACACACUAAUUCUGACUCUGGAUUAUAUUAUGAAGCUUUGAUGUGAAACAUGUUGUUUUGUAAUGAAAAUCACAUUGAAGAUGUUUAAUAAUCAUAUUCUGUUACUAGUACUCGGGCUACCAGGGGGAGGUCUUUGUACUUUAGAGAAACUACUCUUGGCUCUACACUUGAUGGACGGAGAAACCCAGAGACACAGCCCCACUCCUGGCUUGGGAUGACUGCUCGUAGGAGGCACAUGUGCUGACCACCGCCUGUUUCAGUAAACACUGCAGAAAGACAUGUGCUCUCCUUUACUGAUACCUACCCUCGCCCCUCCUAGCCUGCCGUAGUUGGCAUCCAUUUGCUUUUAAAAUCCACUUUAUCUUGAAUCAUGGAAAAAUACAUUAUAAUAUGCAUUUUUAUUUAAUUUGUGGUGCCUCAAACAAUGGUCAGAAGGCUCGUGUGUCUGUGAAGAAGGAAAUAAACUAUUUUUAAAGCUA